AUGAAGAAGAGGCGGGGGUCAAUGGUUAAGGGUUUGCCCAAGUCGAAACUUGUCGAAAUUAGGCUGUUCGAAUUACUUGACAUUCCGCCGGUGAGUUGGGUAUACAAAUUUGGAGGAGGAGAAGAAUUUUACUAUGGAUUGAGAGACGUAAGUUUUGAAAGAAGAAACGAGAAUCGUGACGAUUGGGGGAUGUCAAAUGAAUCUAGGGUUGUGGAUGGAGACAACCAGCCCAGGUUGACCACUCAUUACCGAUGUGUUUCUCUUCAAGAGGACACCUCCUCAUUCAACGACACAUUCGACACAGACCUACUUGUCGGUUUCGCCGUGCCGACAUGGAUGCCUGACGAAUACCCUCCCGAUCUCAUCACUGUAGUCAACCCGCAUUCGUCUGGUGGACAAUACUACUUGAAAUCUUCUGCCGAUCAAGGUCUAGAAGGAGAUUGCCGUGUAGAACGCAAUUUGUAUUGGCCCACCUACUCGAAUAAUCACGAUUCCUUUGCUCCGAAUUUCUUUAUCCGUGGAGGAGAUCUUUAUUCGAUGACGAACGAGACCCAUAUCCUCCAAGUAGUGGCUCUAAACUUUACGGACCAUAACACGGAUCACUAUCAACCGUCCUCAGGAAACCCUCCAUCAGCUCAUGCGAUCACUCAUGAUAUUAUUUCUGGCCCGACGACCCGAUACAAAUUACAGCUGGUGGACCCCAAGAAAGCUAUAGCAAAUACUGGUGUAGGAGAAGCACACUAUCUCAGCGAGAAACCAGCAGGAAUUAAGUUGGACAGAGAGCUGAACUUCAUACCAAAGAUAAGCUACUAG